AGUCAUAAAAGUACAGUUAUUAGGGGAUUAUUUUGAGGGAAUGAAGUGUGCUGUCAUUCAGUUUGUCUUCAGCCCCCGUUUUCUAAAACCGGUAGACGUGUUCAGACAUUAACUAUCAUUAGCUCACGGCUUAACCGCGAAGUAGAGACCUUUCAAAAUAGUAAAUGGCGCAGCAGCAGUGGGGUGAUUAAAGAUAUUUCGUGGGGGCUGGAAUGUGUUUAAAUAACCUGUUUGAAACGAAUGCUGGGACAAAAAACCCAUGAGAAGUAGCCUAAGUCUACUGGAGGAGAAGAAAAAAAAUCGGGCACCAUUCCAAAAUCGUGACGCCUAGACCCGUGAAAACUAAGACACUCCAGAAGAGAGGAGAAGAGAGGAGGGAGCACGGAUUGGAAAGGGUGGAAACAGCACGAGAGCAGUGUCAGAGAAGCGCUGAGAUUAUUUUAUUACUUUGUCCAUAAAGGCAAUAGUCAACUUCACAAAAAUCUGACUGUUUUUGUUCAACAGGACGUUAAGUUGGAAAGAGAGAGAGAGAGUUCACAACGGUACAGGUGUUUUUGGACUGCGUGAUUGAAUGGUGAGAGGAAAAGAAAGUAGCCGAGGGAGGAAACUGGAAACCGAAGGAAAACCACGAGGAUUUACAUUUUGGAUUUUGACUGAAAUAAAAAAAUAGAAAAUCGGUAAUAAUUCUGCGAGACGAAGACGAGGAUCCCGGGAAUGUGAGGGGGGGAGACUUCGCUGAAGCGGAGUAUCGGGCAAUGAGAGGAGGCGCUCUUCGUGUGUCACGCUUUUUUAAAUCGCAUUUCCUUUAACUGAGUAGUUGGAUGAGUACCGCGACUUACAUGGAGCGCCGAAUUUCACUCACCUGCGCGCUGGUCAUUGUCCUUCUACGGCUGACCGACACCCAAGACGCCGAAUCUGACACAGCGUGGAACUGCUGCGAGGGGGACGUCCUGUUCCUGCUGGACUCGUCGGGCAGCAUCUCCUCCUACGAGUUCGCGCGGACGCUCGGCUUCCUGUCGGAGCUCCUGCGGCCCUUCGCCCUGGGGCCCGACCAGGUGCGCGUGGCGCUGCUGCAGGUGGGCACCAGGCCCCACCUGGAGUUCGGCUUCCGGGCGCACAGUACCCAGCGCGGCCUGCAGGAGGCGCUGCAGCGCACCACUCAGAUCCAGGGCGACACCAACACGGAAGCGGCCCUGAAGCUGGCCCAGGAGCAGGUCCUGCGGGAGGGAGGGGAGGGCGGGGCCAGGGCGGGGCUGCCCCGGGUGCUGGUGUGGCUGACGGACGGCAUGCAGCCUGGCGCCGUGGAGGGACCAAUGGCGGAGCUGCGGGAGGAGGGCGUGGCCGUGCUGACGGUCUCCACGGGACACGGGAACUACCAGGUGCUACGGAAGGUGGUCACCCCGCCCGUCGACAGCCACCUGUACUUCGUGGACAUCGAUGACAUAAACAUCAUCGCCAACGACCUGAGGGACGCCAUCAUCGAGAUAAUUCGGGCGGAGCGGCUGCAGGUUCGAGACGUCACCUCCCGCAGCGCCGUCCUGCAGUGGCGUCCGGUCCUGAGCUCCGGCACCGGCUACUACGACAUCCGCUUCGGGCCGGACCGGACCGGCGGGGGGGCGGGGGGCGAUCACGGGCGGCCCAGCGACGGCACCAGCACCAGCACCGGCGGCGGCCCGUGGCGCAAGCUCAGCCGGCCCGGCGACUCCAACUUCGCCACGCUCAACGACCUGAAGCCGGACACCGCGUACCGGGCCACGCUGACGCCCGAGUCCAACCUGGACUACGUGAAGCCCCUGUCCGUGUCCUUCACCACGCUGUCCGAGGUCCUGAGCCCAGCUGUGGUGACCGUGUCCGAGUCGGGCCUGGACCGCGUGCGGGUCAGCUGGGGCCCGCUCCAGCCGGACUCGGUGCAGCGGUACCAGGUCGAGUACGGCGCCAUCCCGGCGGGGAAGGUCCGCGUCACCACCGUCGGCCGCGACCGCAACUCCACCCUGCUGACCCAGCUGGAGCCCGACACGCAGUACCUCGUCACCGUCAGCGCCUUUCACACCUCCGGCCAGGAGAGGGCGAUGUCCGUCCGGGCCUGCACGCAGGAGGAGCUGCCUGCUCUGGCGGACCUGCAGCUCAACACGGUGGGCAGCGACUCGGUGCGCGUGCAGUGGAAGGGGAAAGCCGGCGGGCUGAAGGGCUACUGGGUCACCUGGGAGGGGGACGGCGGCUCGUCCAGCGCCCCCUCGUCCCGCUACCUGCCCCCCGGCGCCCUCUCCACGCUGCUGACCGGCCUGCCCUCCAGCACCCGCGUCUGCGUCUCGCCCGUCUACAGGACCGCCCGUGGCGAGGGCCUCUGCUGCACAGCUCGCUUCUACUCAGAUGCAGAGACUCGGGGGGACAGAUUUCUCAGACGAGCGUGACCCACGCGGGAGCCUCAGCUGGCCCUGAGAGGAGGGGCAGGGGUAGAGAUGGCUCAGGGAAACACUGAAAUGGGACAAUGAGUCUUACCCCCCCCCCCCACACACACAACCCCCCCACUCCACAGAACACUCUCUCUGCCUCUCUGCUACCUGUAUCCAAUGAGGGAGGGUGCUGCACCAAGCAUGCUUACACACACACACACACACACACACACACGCACUCUCUCUCUCGCGCACACACAAACACACACACAAGCACAAACACACUUACAAACACAUGCACACACAAACAGGCACAAACACGCACGCGCACACACACACACACACCAACACGCACGCACUCACACUCGAACACACCCAACUACAAAAACGCACACACACAAACACUCACAAGCACAAGCACAAGCACAGACACAAACACGCCCCAGUCGCUCCCUAAAGUUAGAAGUACUGUCACGUGUUAGAAUACGAGGGAUAGGGGUAGAAGAGAAACAUAUUUUUAGUCCUGCUUAUGCAAUGGGGGAUGUGCAAUAGAGUUUCACCAGACGAGUUGCGCACGGAGUAGCAUCAGAGUAGACGAAGCAGAAAGCAUUCAGUUAUUUUCCAGGUUUUCACAGCAUACCAGUAUGUCCGUGUGAUAUUAAGGGAACAAUCAGCUCUCGGGCACUCCCGUCAAGCCGAGCCUUUCUCCUGGUGAGUAACAGAAGGCCGACUGCCACCGCGGGAGCCCAGAUGAACUGAAGAAGAAUCAGACGAGAGAUCACGUCCAUUCGACCUGCAAUGAAGUUGGCUAUGCUUCCAAUGGUUUACGUGAAAUAAUACACGUGAUCUUGUGAGGGUAGAAUGGUGUAGCUCAACUAUUGCCGAAGUGUAUUCAGGUCUAGGUAAGGAUUCAAGUUUCCCCAAAACCCCUCUUUAGUUUAAGGAAUCUCAUCCAUUUUUUUUGGAUAGGGUCCUCUGGAUCCAUUUCAGAAUUUCCAAUGGAAAACGCUGUGAUUGAGAUCAGUUUUUAAAAAGACUCUACUGCCCCCCUGUGGUAUUUUAAAUUAAGGUUCCACACCAUAUUCGUGGUUUCGCUCCAUUACAAAAAUGAAUUUAAAUAUUGAUUAGAAUUGCAGACACUAACAGAAAGGAGAAAUAAAUGCAAGCAUAAACACUAAAUAAAUAAUUUAAGUAUGUUUUAAAAUGUUUUUACUUUCUCAUUCUAAAUGCAGAUUAUUCUCAUCUUGUAAUGCUUUCCUGCUGGAUACUUUUUGACAUGACAAUAAAGUGCAGGCCAGGGUGUCCUACUGAUUAAAAAAAAUACGUCCACUAA